AUGGACAUCUCUCAGGCAGACGGUCCGGUUUUCUCUGUUCCAGUUGAAAUACUCGAGCACGUCUUCGACUUAUGUCUCCAUCGCCAAUCCUUUGAUGAUGACGAUUUGUACGAGUACACUGGGUCCCUUGUCAGGCAUUGCGGCCCAAUUCUUCUGAUGCAAGUAUGCACUCUAUGGAGAGCGAUUGUGUUGAACAGCCUCCUUAUGGAGAUUCCGAACGCCCCUGCAUACCCUCUUGACCUUCGGUUGUGCACCCCGCCCUUUGACCUCGUGCCGAAGGAUUAUUCGCGGUCCGUAUUCGUUCUGUUCGCAAAGCAGGUGCAUCGGUGGCAAUCACUCUCCAUCGACCUCGACCUCGACUUUAUCGAUGAACUCACCAACCUCCUGCGAUCGAAACAGUCUGCUCCUAUGUUUCUUGAAGGCUUGAGAGUGGAGAAUCCGGCGAACAAGGACUACCAGGUUCCGCAAACAGCCAUGGAGCCUUUCGUUGAUCUCAUUCACCGCCUUGAAUCGUUGCAACAUUUCGUUUGGAUCGACCAGUGCGGAACCACACCCCUCCACAAUAUUCCGUGGACCCGUUUAAAGACGGUCGUCGUCAAGCUUCCCGCAUCGUUGGAAGAAAUAUUCCUUUAUAUAUCGCAAUGCACCGCCGCGACAACAAUCACUUUCGAGAGCAUCACCAUCUUCGAUCCUAAGAAAACCCGUUGGCCCACAGAACCCUUCCCUCCCAUCUCCCUAACUAGCCUCACCUCUCUCAAACUCUCUCGAGGAUGUGAUCCAACUUGGCUGCUCCGUUUCUUUACCAUGCCUUCCCUUCAAUCUCUCGACAUUUCUAUUCUGCGCCGCGAUCAAGCAAUAUUAGAAGGUUUCGUCAAGAGAUCACCUUGCCUUCGAAGUCUUUUAAUCGACGAAAGGCACAACAGUGACCACUUCUCAUAUUUCGGGGAGGAUUUUCUCAUAUCCGAUGAGGAGAUCAUGGACUAUCUCCGAAGCCCAUGCUUGCGUUCUAUUCCUCGGGUCGGACUGUCCAUGAAAUAUGCGAAGGAAGACAUGGUCUCGCUCAUUCGACGUCGCCUGCAAACUGGCACGCCACUUUCACCCUUAGUUUCCUGGCUCACCCCAGAUUGGAUGCAUCGAUAUGUAGGCUGGCGUGAAUUUAACGAUCGGCCCGAGUUGCCCAUCUUCUCAUACGCGGAUGGUUCAUUCGAGUUCAUGGAAUACUUUUGGAUAGAGACAGAUUUGAUGUAA